GCAACAGCAGAGCUUGCAGAGCGGACAUUGCUCUAAGAAUCGCUCUGUCUAUGCGAGAAGACUGAUGGCCCACUUUGCACCUCAAGAGAGCUAAAGGCCUUGCAAAAGCACGUUGAGCCUCCGCCAUGCCUGCAUCGGUUGUCAGCGAGGAUCCCUUGACAUCUCGGAGCAGAUAUGCAGUGCCUGGCUACUCCGGCUACAUUCCGGGGAAGGUGCCAGAGGUGGCAAAUAUGGGGCAGCGAUUUGCCCUGUGCAACCAACAUGGUGUCAAGAGCCUUAAAGGCGACGCCCCGCAGCCUGCGUUCAGCUGGAAGUGUGGUGGGCCCAGAGGUCACAUACCCGGCUAUAGCGGCCACGUCCCUGGCAAGUUGGAGGACCGCAAGGAAACUUGCUCGAGCCAGUCUGCGCAAGCUCACCAGGCACUGCCUUCACCUGCCAGGAACUAUCAGGGGACAGUGACACCACGACCAGGCUCAGGAAAAGCCGUCGCGGCAGUGGUGGGAUAUUCAGGCCAUGUACCAGGCAAGCACGCCGAAAAUGUGGUAGGGCAUAGCUUUGCAGCAGCCAAUGCCCGAGCUGCAGUGGAAGAGUCUGGGCCAGGGUGCCAUACAUGGAAGCGAAGUGAAGCACCUGGGGUGGCACCUCACAGGCUUGGAGCUGGAGCAGCGCCUGGCAAAGCAGUGCCAGGCUAUGCAGGCUAUGUCCACGGUGUGCGGCCAGAGCCGGACAUCAUGGGCAUGCCAUUUAAAGCAGCGAAUGAGCAUGCGGACAAGGCUCGCCUCAGCACUCGUGCCAAAGAUGCAUCCCCAAAAGCCAGCGGCAGAGCGUCAGACAGGGUUAUCAGCUCUGGAGCUUCAGUCACAUCAUCCAAGCAAAGCUCCGUUUCCAAAUCAAGGAGUAACGGGGGCCCUGGCAAGACCAGGAGUUGACCCUGAGGGGCAGCGUUGGUGAUGCUAUGUUUUUCCUGCCCGCUUGCAAAGCAAGCGGGACCUCAGACGUUUAGGAGGUGAGGACAUUGAGGAAGCAACUCGAAAUCUUGCUUCAACUCCAAGA